AUGAAAUUACUUACCAGUUCUAUUGUUUCUUUAAUCCUAUGGACAACCAUUGUCUCUGCUAAAUGGUGUGCCAAUAUAAAUCAAUACGAUACUACCUGGGAUUAUUCUGACAGAUUGCAGGACCUGAUCAACGAAGCAAAUCGUUUGCGAAACCCUGUUGUCUAUCUUGAUCCAGGCGUUUAUUCUAUACGUUCUGAUAAACCAAUUCUAUUGAAAGAAGGUGUUUCUCUCAAAGGCAAUCAACAAUAUCCUACUAUCAUUACUGUAAAAGACAAGAAUGCACCAGCAAUCAUUGAAGUUGACUCAAGGAAUAAGAACUGGUCCAUUCAAGACCUUGUGCUUGAAAAUGUUCGCAUUGAAGUCAACAAUCAACAAAAUGAGGAUGAGGUGGCUAUCUACAACAAUGUCUUUUUCAAUGGAGGUCGUGGAUCGAUUGUGGCUAAACAGAGCAAUAAGCUCUACAUCGAUGGUAAUAUAUUCCUUCGUGACGAAUUGCAUGCUGCUACAGAGAGAUAUCCUUCUUACAACACGACUAACACUGGCAUUUUGUUCCAGACACAAAAGGAAAGUGUAGUUUCGAACAAUAUCUUUGGCAUUGACCUUCGUAACGUUGAUGAAUUGGAACCCGUCAUCAAUCCUUCUUUAAGACGAUCCUAUAAUAACUUGCGAUAUGUGUACAACUGUCUCAAUCGAGACAUACCUGACGAACAAGGCUUCCUUGCUUCAGGUGUCCAGCUGUACUCUACAAAUGAUAUCACAAUUCGAGAGAACAUUCUGAACGCAACAUUCCCUGAUACAAGACAGAUUCACCAAGAUCAUGGUAUCAGUAUUGUAGGCUCUAAUCAAACCUACAUUUACCAAAACUUUAUUGCUGGCUGGCAGAUUGCUGACUUUGGUGGUGCUGUUCGGUUCACUUCUGCUGUAGACGGCUAUGUGAUCUCUAAUUAUCUUGCCAACACAGGCAUCAUGAUGUAUGCUGCUGUCCACGCGGAUUUCUUACAAGUCAGCAAUAUGGUCAUUCAUAAUAAUUUCUUGUACCGGUUCCUUGGCAGCGAGAUGUCUCCACCCGCACCUUUGAGCGGUUGGCUCUAUGAGGGUAUUACAUUUUAUGAUUUUUACACAGCUCGCGCCAACUACACGAGUCCAAAGCCCGUGUGGGACAGCUCUGUGGCUAUCUCUCCUCUUGGUUGGCACAUUGUCGUGUCUAGUAACAAGUUUGGUGCAGUCGAAGAUUUAGAUCCUAAUGUGAUUAGCUUGGGUAACUUGGAUCCCAAAGAAGGUUUGGUUGAUAACAAGAAUUGUUAUGUGACUGAACCGCUCGAAUAUAAUCCUUUCACGCGCGAUCCUACCGUUUCUUUACUCUGGCGCCAGAUAUAUGAAGAAGACCGUACGACGAAAAAUGGCGGCAAAGUGCCCAAGAGAGUACAUAAGCAUAUAACCAAGGACUUGUAUAAUGAAAUUCCUGCUGCACUCCGCAACUUGCCCGUUCCUAGUUUCUGGAGAGCCUUCACUCUCAAGAAUAAUACGGUGCCCAUGAUCUCGCCCGAAACUCCCUGUUUCUCUUAA